CCUGAACCUUGAAUUCGUCAUGUGAUGUCAGCAUGGCUGCUUACAUCAGCAGUAACCACUUUUGCUGCAUGGUGUAUAUUCUAGUAUUUGCUUUACGUCAAUCACCAUAUAGAUGUUCACAUAUCAAACCUGGAACAUCGACUAUAUUCUGCUAGUGCACUGAGAUCGCUCCUCGUUUGUCCAGCUGUUCCGGUCACUGUGUCUGUGUGGACGAUGCGCCUGUGGAUCUGUGUGGUGUGCUGCGUGCUGGCGGUCACUGGAGAGCGGUACAAACCCGACUGGAAGAGCCUGGACGCCAGACCUCUGCCGAAAUGGUAUGAUGAAGCCAAGUUCGGGCUGUUCGUGCACUGGGGGGUGUUUUCGGUGCCGGCUUUCGGCAGUGAGUGGUUCUGGUGGAACUGGCUGGGUGCGCUGAAUCCCGCAUACAUCGGCUUCAUGCUGAAGAAUUAUCCUCCAGGGUUCACAUACGCCGAGUUCGCACCGCAGUUCAACGCACAGUUCUUUGAGCCAGACGUCUGGGCAGAAGUGUUCGAGGCUUCCGGUGCCAAGUAUGUUGUUUUCACUACGAAACACCAUGAAGGUUUUACUAACUGGGGAUCGCCGACGUCAUGGAACUGGAACUCCGUUGAUAAUGGGCCUCAUCGGGACCUCGUCGGGGAGCUGGGGGCUGCCAUUAGGAACAGGUCUCUGCACUAUGGACUGUACCACUCUUUAUAUGAAUGGUUCAAUCCCCUGUAUCUAAAAGACAAGGAGUCAGGCUUUAAGACCCAGGAAUUUGUUUAUAGCAAAACUUUGCCAGAGCUCAUUGACCUUGUCAAAAGGUACAACCCGGAGCUGAUCUGGUCAGAUGGGGAUUGGGAAGCCCCUGACACGUACUGGAACUCCACUGAUUUUUUAGCCUGGCUUUACAACGACAGUCCAGUGAAGGAUGUAAUUGUGGUGAAUGACAGAUGGGGGAACGGGACCUACUGCAAACAUGGCGGUUACUACAACUGUGCUGAUAAGUUCACGCCAUCCACAAUGCCUGAACACAAAUGGGAGAAAUGUAAUUCAAUAGACACAUACUCCUGGGGUUAUCGCAGGAACAUGAAGCUCAGUGAUUUGAUGGAUUUGCCCACCAUUAUAAAGGAUCUCGUCUUCACUGUAGCCUAUGGAGGAAACUACCUGCUGAAUAUCGGACCGACGUCAGAUGGCAUGAUUCCAGCAGUGUUUGAGGAGCGGCUCCGAGGCAUUGGCGCCUGGUUGAAGGUUAAUGGUGAAGCUAUCUACGCAACCACACCGUGGAGAGUUCAGCAGGAGAAUGCCACUGUGCCAGUCUGGUACACUUCCAAAGGCACUACGGUGUAUGCCAUCUUUCACACCAGACCGAAGCAGUACUCAUUCGAGCUCUUCUCUCCUGUAACUUCAGACACCACUGUGGUGACUCUGUUGGGAAGCCCCGAGCCUUUAAAGUGGGCUCCACUGCAUUCAUCUGGACUGAUCCUGCUGCUGCCCGAGCUGCCGUACACUCCCGCCGGGGCAUGGACCAUCAAACUGAACGGCGUGGCAUAACAGUCUAACGUGCAGCAUGGUUCGUAGGAGAGAAGUUUCUAGAUGAUUUUACACAAGACUGUAUUUUGCCUUAAUCUUUUGCCUUACAUUUUUUUAUUGAAGAUUUUUAUUCGAUUUUACAGAUGCACUGUUUACAAAUCACUGAAUUACAAUCUUUGCCAAUUAAACGAUUUCUGUUCAUUUGUAAAGAUGACUGUAUUUUGUAUGUAUAUCUGUGUGUAUGGAUUUGGUCGUCGCCUAUUAUAACUACUUUUCAGUAUAUUGAGAAAUCGAAUCAAUAAAUGUCCAGAAAUGAA